UUUCAUCAAAGCAACAAAGCACAGAGUUUCGGAGAGACGUGCAAGCAUAAGCCAGACACAACGAACAGUUGUUGCAUAGGUUCUGUGAGGAGAGAUCAGAGGAUGAUGGCAAGGCAAGGCGCAGCCUCCAUGUUCGCUACGGCUUUGCUCCUCGGGGUCUUUGCCAACAUUGCACCAACAGGCGUGGAGUCCGUCGGGGUGUCGUACGGCAUGAGCGGCGACAACCUGCCGCCGGCGAGCACCGUGGUCGGCAUGUACAAGGCCAACGGCAUCCCGCUGAUGCGGAUCUACGCGCCGGACCAGGCGGCCCUCCAGGCGGUGGGCGGCACGGGCAUCCGCGUCGUCGUCGGCGCGCCCAACGACGUGCUCUCCAGCCUCGCCGCCAGUCCCGCCGCGGCCGCCUCCUGGGUCCGCAACAACAUCCAGGCCUACCCGGACGUCACCUUCCGCUGCGUCUGCGUCGGCAACGAGGUGGAGGGCGCCGCCGCGCGGGACCUGGUCCCGGCCAUGGAGAACGUCCGCGCCGCGCUCGCCGCCGCCGGCCUGGACGGCAUCAAGGUCACCACCUCGGUGUCGCAGGCCAUCCUGGGCGGGUACAAGCCGCCCUCCGCCGCCGACUUCACCGCCGAGGCGCAGGGGUUCAUGGGCCCGGUCCUCGGCUUCCUGGCCCGCACCGGCGCGCCCCUCAUGGCCAGCGUCUACCCCUACUUCACCUACGCCGCCAACCCGUCCGCCAUGGACCUCAGCUACGCGCUCUUCACCGCCCCCGGCGCCGUCCUGCAGGACGGAGACUACGGGUACCAGAACCUCUUCGACGCCACCGUCGACUCCUUCUACGUGGCGAUGGGCAAGAACGGCGGCGCCGGGGUGACUCUGGUCGUGUCGGAGAGCGGGUGGCCGUCCGCCGGCGGCGUCGCGGCGUCGCCGGAGAACGCCGCCCUCUACAACCAGAACCUCAUCAACCACGUCGGCAGGGGGACGCCGCGCCACCCGGGCGCCAUCGAGACCAUCCUCUUCUCCAUGUUCAACGAGAACCUCAAGGAGAGCGGCGUGGAGCAGAACUGGGGGCUCUUCUACCCCAACACGCAGCGCGUCUACCCCAUCAGCUUCAACUGAAUUACGUCGCCAUCCAUCAGCUCCGAUCCCCACGUACUCAUCUACUCAACUCAUCGUAUGUCCGUACGUCAAUAAGUAUAUACGUAUAUACGGAUGCAACAUUUAUACUUCUGCAUCCCAGGAGAUUGUAUAUUUCGUGUUGGGAUUGCUUGGCGACGACACGGGGAGUAUCGAAUGCUACAUACUCUCAGAUGCAUACGCCAUGAGCGAGGGGCAUUCUUAAUUACGUCGACAGACCAAGCAUGGUCGAAUCGACUUGUGAUCAAUAACUGUACUGUCUCGGAUCGGAUUUUAUGUAUUCAUUGAAUUAAUUUUCUCAUUUAUGAAAAACUGUAUUAAUUGUAAUUACAAUCUGGCUUCAAGGACUUCGUGCAACUGAUAUUCA